GUCCUUCAUUCGGUAAACGGGGUGACGAUGGCUGAGUGUUAGUGCACCAUGGCCGGCCAGAGGAACUACACGGCAGACCGAAGAGGAGGAUUACACGAAGUAAUGUGCCGCAAGUCUGGAGUCAAACUGAUCAGCUGUUUCAACCACAAAGGAGGAAUUAAAACCCUUUUAAGCGGCUUUCUUCAGCCAAAGUCUGGAAAAGUUUAGGAGAGGAGCUGCGCCGUGACACUAAAGUUUUCCUGUUUGUUUUGUUCAGUGUUUGGCGAUCGAGACAUGGCUCUUUCCCAGUUACAGUGUCUGGACGAUAACCACGUGAACCCUCGGACGCACGAGUCCAAGCCGGAGUUCCUGUACUGCGAAGACCAGCGGCUCGCGCUGGAGGCUCUCCUCCAGGAUGGUCGCGCGGCAUUUUUUAAAUUCUUGGAGGCUCGCGGCCUGCGUGGCUUCCUGUCGGACCCAGAGCUGGAAACUCUCGCCGGGGCGGUGGAGCCCUACGACCCGGACUCGGAGAUUUUCCCGGAGAACGCCGAGGACGACGACCCCCCGCUGUCGCUGCACUACUGGCCCGAGCUGUCGGACACGUCCAUCCCGCAGAUGGACCUGGGCUGGCCGGACAUCGAUGCUUACCGGGGGGUGACGCGCACGACCAUGUACGCGCAGCCACCGCUGGACGGUCAGGCGCAUAUCAAAGAGGUGGUCAGAAAGAUGAUUGCGCAGGCGCAGAAGGUUAUAGCAGUGGUGAUGGAUGUCUUCACUGAUGUCGAUAUCUUUAGAGAUUUGCUGGACGCUGGUUUCAAGAGGAAGGUUUCUGUCUACAUCCUGUUGGAACGAGCAACACAACCUCAUUUCCUGUCCAUGUGCCGGAGGGCCAACAUGCACGCCGGACACCUCAAGCACCUUCGUGUACGCUGCACAGAUGGAGUGGAGUUCUACACUCACUCCUCCACCAAGGUCAGAGGGCGAAUGGGACACAGAUUCAUGUUCAUCGACGGAGACAAAGCUGUUUCUGGAUCGUACAGUUUUACUUGGAUGUCAUCGCGGCUGGACAGAAAUCUCAUCACAGUGGUUACAGGCCAGGCAGUGGAUGCCUUCGACAGGCUGUUUCGCACCCUCUAUGUGACCUCCAGCUCGGUUGACCUCCGGAAGGUCGCCACUGAGCCUGAACCUGAACGGGAGCCUCUCCCGCAGCUAGUCUCAGUGCCCCUUCCUUCUGCUGCUGUUGCUAGGAAACUGUACAACCCCAAAUACGCCCUAGCUUUAGGCAACCCCAGCACUAGCCCCAGCCCCACCCCAUCUCCUGGCCACAACAGCCCCAGAGAGACCCAAAGUCCUGAGAACUCCAGGAGCCCAGAGGUCCCAGACACCAAAAAGAGGAGGCGACGGAGGGCUAGUAAGGAAGCAGCACAGGAGGCUCCUCCCAUCCACCCUGGACUCACCAAUCUAGAGAAAGCAUGCUUGAUAACAUACCUGCCCACCUGGCCAGAGCCUGACCCCCCCAGUGAUGUAAUUGGGUUCAUUAACAUUCGAGAUACCAGCAAACCAACGCAGGUCCACCUACAAAGAUCUGAGAUGUUUGAAACCAGCCAAGCCAUCAGGUUCAGCAGUCCAUUCAGCAUGCCUGCAGAAACCCUGCCAGAGGUGGCCAAGCCCCGACAGCUCACUGCUAAACAUGAGGAGACUGAUAAACUCCAACCACUGGAGGACAAAACCAAGGCUAAAGAGUCAGAGGAAGACACGCGACUCAAUGCACAGCCUGCUGAAGGUGAAGCAGAGGCACCUGAACAGAACUCACCUGCAUCUGGACCAAAGUGUGAAACUCACCAAGACACUGCUAAGACUCUCAACGCUGAGGAAAAGCUAUAUUCAAGUUCACCCACCUACCAAGAUGCAGACCACAACACCACACCUCACCUCAAUGCACACUCACCUCCCCGCUCCAUCAGCAAAGCAUCCACUCCUCACACAGGGAGGGCUUCACACACCACACAAGCUGUUAUCACAGGCAGUCCUAAGCCAUCAGACACUGAGGAAGAGGCAGAAACUGGCUUUAACAGGAAGAGUGUUGUUGUGUACAGGACACACAACAGCCACAUGUCACCCUCCUCACCCUCUGCCAUGUGCCUGCAGUCUGUCACAUCCACCUUCCUUUCUGAAAAUAGCCACGUCUCCAUCUGCCUUCCUCUCACCUCUUCUUCUACAAAUCUCAAUCCUUCCCUUCCUUCAUCUUCAUCUUUGACCUCAACUCCUCCCAUUCCUAAACCUCGUACUAUCCAGCUGAUUAUCAAAGACAGCGUCACCGGGGAUGACGAGAAGCUGCCGGAGUUGAGUGUUGUCAAGAGGCCUGAGACAGGCACAGGACCGCUGGUGGUCCACAGCGAGCCCGCUGUGGUGCAGACACCGGCAGAAAAAGAGCCUGAGACUGUCCCAGAACUGCAGAGCCACAGCGGAAGUGAAACAGGAGCACAAAAAGAUGCAGACAACAGAGGAAAUAUUGGAGAAGCUCCACAGCAAAAACAGAGUGGGACUUCCCAAGAGUCAGAGAAUGAGGAAGCAUUUAGACUACAUGAUGACAGGGCAGGAACGCAAUUGCUCGCUGCAACUAACCUAGAAACACAGUCACAUGUUUUGAUUAGUGGUGCACCAAAAGCAGAUAGUGUUCAAGAAAUAAUUCCAAAAGAUGUUGAUCUUAAGACUUUGACGUCAACAGACUGCAAAUCAAGCCCGCGGAUGGACUGUGCAGCCACAGUACAGCCCCCAGAAAGAGCCCUGACAGGCUGUGAGUUUGCUGAAAUGCCAAAUGAAAACAGCAAGAAUGUGACACAGUUCAAAGCAUACCGCGCAAGUGCACUUGAACCUCAGAGAAUAUCAUAUAAUGCAGUGACACCACAGGAUGUCGGUGUGUUAGACACUGCAGACUCUUUAAACGCUCCACCAUACACUCCUGUUUUUGCCAGGUACAACCCACACAUGUCCAUAGAUAGUGCUGACGAUAGGACACACACAUCUGCUGCAGACACACAUGACCAGCUAGGUAGUCCAAGGUUCACACCAGCACACUGCGCAGACAGUGUGCCCAAUGCUGACAAACAUAACACACGCAGCACCUCACUUCCCUCCGACGUGCACGUGCCAGACCUGCGUUCGCCAACGCCUGAGAGACAGCCGCGGCCAGUCAUAGCUCUCGUACGCACCACAAGUCCGGACGGAUUUCCUCCACGCACGCCCACCCCAGACUCCCAAACGCACACGCCGGAUCCACGUUCAUACACUCCAGACUUUCGAACACCUACGCCUGAUGUUAGCGAGGAGUGCGUCUCACCAAGACCGGACUCUGCUCUCUCCACAACCUCAGACGAGUAUUUUGAAUGUAGCGACUCGCCUCUCCACGAGCCUGUUCUUGACCGAGCUGCUUACCGCAACCAUGGGAUGACGGAGGAUCGUGGUAACUUCUCGCACUCAAAUACUCCAAAUGCUACAGCCGUCGCCACUAGUCCUGCAUGCAUAAAUUAUAAGCCUCAUGCUGCUACGUUAGGCACUACAGACAGGAGCACCUCUAGCAGCAGUUUGUCUGGGCCUGCUAGCAUCUCCUCUUCCUCUUCUUUACCUGAGAAGAACUUGAAAAUGGGGGAGGAGGAGGAAACUGCAAAUGAAGAAAAUGGGAGGGAAGUGGAUGAAAAGGGGAGUGUGGCACAGAGGAGGACAGAGGUAGUUUCCCAGAGGACACAGAGGAGAGACAUCGAGGAAGCUAAGAGAACAGCAGAACAAGGUCAAGGCUUGACAGAGACAGCAGAAAAAAACAAGGAGGCCCAAGUCCAAGCCCCCAAGAGAAAGAGGGUGCUGAACCAAUCAACAGCCGGGAGAUUGUUCAGCAGAGGAGUGAGCCCAACCAAUGAGGGAGCAGAGCCAAAGCGAUUGUCCACAGGUGACCUUAAACCAAAGAAGGUCUCCUCUGAGGGAGAGAGACCAGACAAAGAGAAGGCCGCGGACGGGGCGGCAUUAGGACCCAGCAUAUCAGAGAGGAGAGCCAGGCCCCGGUCAGCCGGAGAGACUGAGGGACAGAAGCUGUUGCACACUCCUCCCAGACGUGGAGCGUCCUCCCCUUCCCGGCCAUCCAGAUCCCCUCGAGGAAGUCUGAACCAGGCAGAAAGCAAGGCGCUCCAUGGUACUUCACAGACCUCAGAUAACACCUCAUCUCCUCGCCGACCGCCGCCCAGACCGCUUCCUCCAAUGUCAGCGGGUGCUGUCGGGUCCGCAGCUGGGCGGAAGCAGGCCGAAGUCCCCAACAGCCAGCAGAGCCACCUCUCUCCGGCAGCGCAGGGCAGGGGGAGAGCGGGACAGUCGCCCAGUCGACCUGCUUACCCGAAGCCCCAGGGCUCCUUUCUCCAAACACACUCUAACGCAGUGCAGCAGCUCCAUCCUCACCCCCAGAACCAGACGGUGUUGCCACAGGAGGUGCACUGCCAGCAAGAAGGAAAGGCUCCAUUUAGCAUCUCUUUUAGCAGGCUGUACAGCCUCAAGGGCCUGAAGGACAAGAUGAGCAAGGUGCCGGCGCAGAGUAAGAAAGGCAGCACCAGCUCUGCGGUGCAGGGACACAAGAGCACGAGCUAGCCUGGUACCGUCAGUCGUCCUGGCAUCAAUUUUUAUAUUACUGUCACACAUCAAGCCAUAGAAAAGGCUCUGAGCUGUGACCCGCGACCUGUGCUGCUGCCUCGUCUGCUGGAAGAAGCGCCUGAUUUACACACGCCAGUUUUUAGUAUGAACCCACUCUGUUGCUCAUUACUGGACCAAACAAACUGUGACUAGACAAGUGUUUUUGUCUCGGCUUCUCAUUUCCAGACCUGAUUCUUAUUCAUAUUGCUGCAUCUGAUAUCUGGAGCUGAAGCAUCGCUGCCUCUCCUAAGUUAUUACAUGCUUUGGGAUGGUUUUCUUGUUGCUUUUUCACCCGUAUGGCCUCAGAUAUUGAACAUCUGAAUCAUGGAUACUGUAUGUUUGUAUAUGCAUUGGAUAUUAUAUGUUUAUUAGGAUGACCAAACAAACUGAACACCAAGAACAUAUGUAAAGCACUACUUCACAUUACCAUAGGUGGUUUGCUUUGUAACUACGUAUACUGUGCAAGAACAAAAGCUAAAGCAAAGAUUAACUGUGAUGCAUUUGUAGUGAAAUGUUUUAAAUCAAGCGCUUCUUUUUUUUAACAGUAUGUGGGAAUUCCUUUUUUUUUUUUUAUCUUUUUUGCCAUUUCACGUAGAAAGAUGUCAAAUGUGGGACAUCUUAUUUGCUUUUGGUAUGUCGGGGCGGUGCCAUGUGAAUGUGAAUUCAGGAUAAUUCGAUAAAACUGUACGAGUGACUGGGAGUCAUUCAUCCAAAUGCACAUUAAUAGAGUUUUAAAUAGGUACUAUCUCCGCAUGCUUAUGUCAGUCUGAGUUUGUUUGUUUUUUCAACCAUGAAUAUGUACAUGCUGCAUUUACAGAUGCACUGUUUUUUGUGUGAUCACAACACACAGACUUGCUGUUCGCUACCACCCUGUUACAUCCUGUGAGCAGACAAGUACAGGCGGCUGACCUCGUGACAGGUGAACUCAAAGACAGAAAUCGUAUAUUGUGUUUGAAUGAGUUGAGUGGGAGCAUUUGUCCCACAUUUGUAUUAUGCCAAGCCAAGUGUUUCCUCCUCUGCGCAUUCAAAAAGUGCUUACGAUGCAGAUUUGACUGUUAAAUCUGUUGAUGCAGAAUCUUAUCUUAUUGCCUUUUGAUGCCUUCGUUUCGCUUGUUUUGUAUUCCUCCGCUCUGCACUGUACAGUGAAAGACUAAAGCAGUGAGGUUAUUGAUUUAUUCUUUGUUUACACCAAAUCCCAUUUACAUUCGAAAUGCUUUUUGCCCGGAAGACAAAGUCACAGCUUCUGUGCCCAAACAAAGCGUAAGUUAUCUGCAGAGACGGGCGCAGUAAACAGCACACAGGACAGGCUCCUGCUCUGGAGACGGAUGCCGAUGCCCUGCAGAUUUUAACAGCAGCGGAGUACAACAUGGUGUCCUUGAGUUUCUCUGAAGGAAAGCGGAAAUGUGCUGGAGAAACAAACUCAUCCAAAUGGCUGAAGUUCACAUAAUUCAAACUGUUUUACAAAGCUGCAAAUGAGCAAAGCUCUGGUCUGUCAUCUUGCUAUGGAGGCAGACAUGAAUUGGUGCACUUGCUGAAUGUUUGUCUGUGUCUUUGCUUCUAAAGCAGCUUUAUUUGACUGCAUUGAAUCCCCAUAUCACUGUUUGGCUCUGUGAGUGCUUUUGUUCUUUUUGUUUGGGGAUGGAAGGGAGGCGCAGAUUUUCUCCCACCGCAAACUAUGAUUGAAUUUGUUUUCUAAAUAAAAUAUAGAUUAUGAAUCACG